AGAUAUUUGUCAUAUUUAUUCAAAUUUCAAACGUAUCAGUUAAAGUACGCUACUAACCAAAGCGGUCGUCGCUACAGUUAAUAAAAUGCAACAAACACCUCAACGUUUAACUUAUGUUGUAAUGGCUGGAAGGGGUAAAUUGACAGCGUUCACUCUACGCCCCUCUCGUUUUAUUAACAGUGCUGUUAAUGUUAAUAACGUAAAUAACAGAUUCAGCAAAAUUGAAGAUAAAGAAGUAAGACAUAUAGCUGUCAAAAAAAAUUCACUUGCUGCGUGGUCUAAGUCUGGUAGUAGUUGGCGAUCGUUUACGCAUAAAGUAUUAUUUAAAACAACCGGUAUUAUAAACGAACUGGCAACGAAGCGUUUAAUAACAACUAAAGCUAGAGAAGUAACUUAUCAUAGUUUAGCAAAAAUGUCCGGCAAUUCUAAACUACUUAAUUCGUCUUUGAAAGACAUCGAUACGGAGCUACUAGAUUUGAUCAAAUGUGAGAAAAAACGUCAACUUAGAGGCUUAGAAAUGAUAGCCAGUGAGAAUUUCACUUCACUAGCUGUAUUAGAAUGUUUAAGCUCGUGUUUACAUAAUAAAUAUUCCGAAGGUUUACCUGGAAAGCGCUAUUACGGUGGCAACGAGUUCAUUGAUAAAGUGGAAAUUUUGGCUCAGAAACGUGCUUUGGAAGCUUUUAAUCUAAAUCCCGAGGAAUGGGGCGUUAACGUGCAACCUUAUUCAGGAUCACCUGCAAAUUUUGCAGUGUACACGGGCUUAUUGCAACCUCACGAUCGUAUAAUGGGUUUAGAUUUGCCCGAUGGUGGCCAUUUGACUCAUGGUUUUAUGACACCCACUAAACGUAUCUCAGCCACGUCCAUCUUUUUUGAGAGUAUGCCUUACAAAGUCAAUCCAAAAACUGGUCUUAUUGACUACGACGCUUUGGAGGCUAGUGCUAAACUAUUUAAACCGAAAGUUAUAAUUGCUGGUGUUUCUUGUUACUCGCGUUGCUUAGAUUAUGCCCGUUUCCGGAAAGUUUGCAAUGAAAAUGACUCUUUUUUGUUUGCUGAUAUGGCUCAUGUCGCUGGUCUCGUGGCCGCUGGUCUUAUACCUUCACCUUUUCAAUAUGCUGAUGUAGUCAGUACAACAACACAUAAAACACUGCGUGGUCCUCGUGCUGGUGUGAUCUUUUUCCGUAAAGGCGUACGAAAAGUGAAACCUAACGGUGAUAAAGUGAUGUACGACUUGGAGGAACGCAUUAACGGCGCCGUAUUUCCUGGUCUACAAGGUGGUCCUCAUAACAAUACCAUCGCUGGCAUUGCAACUGCUUUCAGACAGGCUAAAACGACCGAAUUUGUUCAAUAUCAAACUCAAGUGAUAGCAAAUUCACGACGUCUAUGUGAAGGUUUAAUGAAUCUUGGUUAUGAUAUCGCUACCGGUGGCACUGAUGUGCAUUUGGUUUUGGUCGAUUUACGGAACAAAGGUUUAACGGGAUCUCGCGCCGAAUACGUUCUGGAAGAAGUUAGUAUUGCUUGCAAUAAAAAUACUGUACCUGGUGAUAAAUCUGCCAUGAACCCCUCUGGCAUACGUUUGGGUACACCAGCCUUAACUACGCGGGGCUUAAUAGAAACUGAUAUUGAUAGGGUCGUAGAAUAUAUUGAUGCCGCCCUAAAAAUAUGUGCCGAAGCUGUUAAGGUGUCAGGUCCGAAAUUAGCAGAUUUUCAGCAAACUAUUCACCAAAACCAAGACAUUUCAAGGAAAGUCCAAGCUUUACGUAAGGAUGUGGAAAAAUUCAGUGAAAAAUUUCCUCUACCCGGUUUUGAGGAAAUAUAAAAACCACAUGUACAUAAGGUGCCCGGUGGUUUUCAUACCAAAUUUUUAAUUUUUGGUGAAUUAAAAUUUUAUUGUUUUUUUGUUUUUUUUUUUCUUUUUAAUAGA